UGUUCCGGACCCCAGCAGCCCAGCCUGCGCGUUGCUCCCGGAGAUUUAUAAGGAGCCUUCCACUCAGUCAGAACCUCGCAGGGCGCCGGUGCCUCCCCGCGACAUCUCCAGGUCGCUGCCCGCGGCUGACAGGGACGAAGCACCACGCCAGGGCGUCCCAGGUGCAGACCUGCAACCGCUUGGCCCCCCACCCCGACCCCCCCGCUCCAGCCUGGCCUCCCGGGCUGCGCCUCCCGCCCCAAGUCCCCGGGCGCCUUGUAGCCUUUCUAUGACUCCGUCUGGACUUGGCUGGCGGGGGACACAGGCUUCCAGGGACUGCCCGGGUCUCGGCGCGACAGCAGCCGGCUCUCCGACCACUGCGGCGAAUGCUGGGAACUGAGCGCCAGGCUCUGUGGCCUCCGCGGGGGCGUCAGGACCUGAUGGAGAACAAAGCCAUGUACCUGCACACCGUGAGUGACCGCGACACCGGCUCCAUCUUUGAGGAGCCCUUUGAUGGCCGGAGCCUGUCCAAGCUGAACCUGUGUGAGGAUGGUCCGUGCCACAAACGGCGGGUGAGUGGCUGCUGUACCCAGCUUGGCUCCCUGUCGGCCCUGAAGCAUGCUGUCCUGGGCCUCUACCUGCUGGUCUUUCUGAUUCUUGUGGGCAUCUUCAUCUUAGCAGUGUCCAGACCGCGCAGCUCCCCCGAGGACCUGAAGGCGCUAACUCGCCACGUGAACCGGCUGAACGAGAGCUUCCGGGACAUGCAACUGCGCCUGCUGCAGGCCCCGCUGCAGGCCGACCUGACAGAGCAGGCUUGGAAAGUGCAGGACGCGCUGCAGAACCAGUCGGACUCGCUGCUGGUUCUGGCCGGCGCGGUGCAGAGGCUGGAGGGUGCGCUGUGGGGGCUGCAGGAGCAGGCGGCGCAGACAGAGCAGGCGGUGGCCCUGCUGCGUGAUCGCCUGGGCCAGCAGAGCGACUCGGUGCAGCUGGAGCUGUACCAGCUGCAGGUGGAGAGCAACCGCAGCCAGCUGCUGCUGGGGCGCCACGCGGGCCUGCUGGACGGGCUGGCGCACAGGGUGGGCGUCCUGGGUGAGGAGCUGGCCGACGUGGGCGGUGCGCUGCGCGGCCUCAACCACAGCCUGUCCUACGACGUGGCGCUGCACCGCACGCGGCUGCAGGACCUGCAGGUGCUGGUGAGCAACGCCAGCGAGGACACGCGCCGCCUGCGGCUGGUGCACCUGGGCAUGGAGCUGCAGCUGAAGCAGGAGCUGGCCAUGCUCAACGCAGUCACCGAGGACCUGCGCCUCAAAGACUGGGAGCACGCCAUCGCCCUGCGCAACAUCUCCCUGGCCAAAGGGCCACCGGGACCCAAAGGCGACCGGGGAGAUGAAGGCAAGGAAGGCAAGACUGGCAUCCCUGGAAUACCCGGACUCCGAGGUCUGCCAGGUGAUCGGGGCACCCCGGGACUGCCUGGCCCCAAGGGUGACGACGGCAAGCUGGGGGCCACUGGCCCGAUGGGCUUGCGUGGGUUCAAAGGUGACCGAGGUCCAAAAGGAGAGAAGGGAGAGCGAGGAGACAGAGCGGGAGACGCCAGUAAGGAGGUUCUGCGGGGUCACCAGGGUUCUGCUGAUUCUUCAGGAAAUAUUGACAGAUCCCAGGGACACAGGCAACUGUUGUGAAAUGGCAUCAGCCUGUGGUGUGUGGCAGGAUCUGGAGGUCUCCUCCUGACUGCCUCACCGGCUGGUGAUGUAUAAUCUCCAUGCCUCCCAUUUCUCAUCCAUAAAAUGGGGCCAAGAAGAGUUCUUAUCUCCUCAGGUCACAGUGAGAAUUAAAUGAGCUGAUCCAUGUAAAGUACUUAAUACAGUGUCUGGACAUGGGCUUAGGACUCAGUGAGUGUUAUUACCAUUCCAGGUCCUACACCAAUUCAGACACACUUCCUCAGGUCACCAGAGCUGUGUGCUCAAAUGCUGUUACUCACUUUGCUAAAAUGCCUGCCUUCCCCGGAAGUUACACGAGACCAGGUGGAAUCUCUCCCAUUUUCUCCCUCCCGAAAGGACGGGCAGCUGGGUGCCUGGCAGCCCACCCAGUGUGGCCUGAAUGCACUCUGCCAAGGUCCAUGCUGAAAGGGGUGCGAGAGGCACUGGAUUAUCUAGUGGUGGCAGCUUCUCCAGGGCAUGUUCUCCCCAGAGGGCUAUAUGUGGCAUCUUGCAGAGGUUGCUGGGGAAGAGUGAAUAGCCUUUUAUACCCAAUUUUGAGCCUGAAGCAAAACACCUGGCAUGUCUCACUGCUGGCUUGUAGCACAUGAGGGUCUGAGCAGAUCACUACUUCCUUGGUGUCUGUGUUCCAGCCUUGACUCCCGGAGGCUUAGGCCUGGGAGGGCACCUGUGGAACCGCAGCAAAGUCACAAGCUGGACCCCAACUGGGCUCCCUAAAGGGCGGGGCCCUGGACGUGUCUUUGGGUGGGGUGACUGCUCCCGAUAGGCCGCUGCCAAGGUAGCGGAGAAGGAUCGUGGCAUUUAGCUCUGAGAAAUAAACAACUCCAAAUGGGCUGGGCAGUAAGGGAGGGACUGUGUAGAAAGGCGACCUUUAGAGAGGCUGCCCACAUACCAGAGGGUCUUGUCAGGAACUCCCUGCACUGCUGCCUUAGGCUGACCGAAGAGCCAGAAGGGGAGCCAGCCCAGAGACCAUGCACUACGGAUGCUCUGCCGUGACUUACCUGGCUUCUCUGGCAGAUGUGAUUGGGCUCUGAGGUGGGAGCACAGUGUAGGCAGGUGGGAGCCAGAGACCAGGGGUGUGGGGCUCCCUGGGGGAGGAGACCUAGACAAGGGCACCCUGUUAUUUGGCUCUUGGGCCUGCUGGCUGCACUGCCAGAGGCUGACAUCAGCUCUGGAUGCCCCUCUCAGGGGCCUUGAGGGGACUCCACCCUUUGGGGAGCCCAGAGCUCAGAGAGCCCGGGGCUCACACAAAGCUCUGAGCUUUCCCUUCCAGGACCUUAAAAAUGGAACUGGAAGGUGAGGGGCUAAGCAAUGACAGCUCAUUGACUGGAAGCUGUUCCCAGUGGGAGGAAGUUGGGACCCCUAGAAUCAUGGAUCAGCAAACCCGAAGGCCAUCCUCACCUUCCCUGCCAUCCAGACUCAAAGGGAGGACAGACUUCUCUGUGUUAUUAUGUGGGGCAGAGGUGGAACUGAACCCUGGGUUCCCUGAUUCAUCCCCUGGGUGUUGGACAGUGGGUUCUUGAAAAGUGGGGCUGGGCUCCUUAAAACCACCCUGUGGUUCCUGCAUGGCUGCCAGCUCUGGAUGCAGAUGAAGGCUCUGUGGGAUCCAUGGCCUCGAGGUUCAAGGCUGAAGUCUGGAUCUGUCCCAUGUCAGGUUCCUUCCCACAGCCGCUGCUACCCAGCCUGCCUGGACAACGCCAACCUCAGCGGCGUUCAGAUUCCCACUGAGUUCCCAAGGCCAUCCUGUCCCAGAGGUGUUAAGUAUAUCCCUGAGACCCGGGCUCGGAGGAGAGGCCCAGGGCUCAUCUUUCAAGGAAGUGUGGAAAUGCUGACGAACGUGGUGCCCUCUUCUGGGCUUUCUUAGUCAUCCUGGGGCCUGGGCAGCCCCACCAUGGGAUCCUUCAUGUGGAAAGAGAAUGUUCUCAGCACCAGGAGGGAGCUGUCUUCCUCCAAAAGCCGGUUCUGUGUGUGAGGCACCACUAACUAGGGUCCGCUGUGGUCACCAGCUUUUGCUUGAUGCCUCCAGUGCCUGCCUGUAGACCCAAACCCUGAAAUUCCAGCAGAUGGGCCUGUUUCUACAUUGAAGGUGUCGGUAACAGAAGCAAGACAGCCCCCUGUCCCAUGGGAGGAGGGCAGGAGGUUUUCCUCUGGGGAGGAUGUGACAAAGAAAUCCUCUAGGGAUCUGUGUGUUUUAAGUCAAUAUUGAAAAAAAUUUCAGAACAAAAAUCUUGCCACUGUUUACCCAUGUUUUGAUCUGGAGCCAUAGUAUUUGGGGGUUUGGAUGGGUUACAGAUAUAGUUCCUCUCCCUUGCCCAACCUCAUCCCACCCCACCAAGCUCACUGAGCAGAGACCAAGAACAGAGAGGCGGAGGAAUCCCGAGGUCACCUUCCCCCUUUUAGAUCGUGGCCAAGCUGGGCCUGCAUUCCACAUCCUUGAGGUCUGCUUGGUGAGAAGAAAAGCUCCUUCCACCCCCAGCCAGGGCAAUAUCAGUCAUUUCAUUAGAUGUUUGGCUUUUGGAAGUUUGGCCAGGAAAAAAAAAAAAUUAAAAAGCUCCACAUACACAUCUAAAGAGGGAAGGACAUUUAUUUUACCAUGAUAUAUGGUCCAUUUGCAGGAAAAAUAAAUAGCAUCUUGCAGCGAGAGCGUAAGUAAAGUAUCUAGUUUUGUUUAAAUCCCAUGGCAUGAAUUUAAAGCAGGAAAACACAUUUGGAUUGUUUAAAAAAAUUCUCAAUUUGGUUUCACAUGGAAAAAAUAUGCAGAUGAUAGA